GCCCCCCUAGAGUGUGGUGGGCAGGUGAAGCGCAGCCUCCCAGGCCCUGGGGGCUGAGGUGGGAGUGAGCGCAGAUUUUAAUCUAAUUUGAAAAUGAGUAAGUGCAAAAAACCACCAGGUCAUCCGAUAGGAAGUCUUGAAACGUUCAGCCCAGAUGUUCUUGCUGACAUUGUUGAACUCUUUGCCAAGAACUUUUCUUAUGGCAAGCCACUUAAUCAUGAAUGGCAGUUACCAGAUCCCAGUGAGGUUUUCACCAGUAACCACGCAGAAUUUCACUCAUUUCUUGAUUUGAAGAACUCACUGAAUGAAGUAAAAAACCUGCUGAGCGAUAAGAAACUUGAUGAGUGGCAUGAACACACCUCGUUCACUAAUAAAGCUGGAAAAAUCAUUUCUCAUGUGAAGAAAUCAGUGAAUGCUGAACUUUGUACUCAAGCAUGGUGUAAGUUUCAUGAGAUUUUGUGCAGCUUUCCACUUAUUCCACAGGAAGCAUUUCAAACCAGAAGACUGAAUUCUCUACACCUCUGCGAAGCACCUGGCGCUUUUAUCGCUAGUCUCAACCACUACUUAAAAUCCCAUCAGUUCCCCUGUGAGUGGAGUUGGGUAGCCAAUACCUUGAAUCCAUACCAUGAAGCAAAUGACAAUCUCAUCAUGAUUAUGGAUGAUCGGCUUAUUGCAAAUACUUUACAUUGGUGGUACUUUGGCCCAGAUAACACUGGAGAUAUCAUGUCCCUGAAGUAUCUGACGGGACUUCAGGAUUUCGUAAGCAGCAUGGCUACCAUUCACUUGAUCACUGCGGACGGGAGUUUUGAUUGCCAAGGAAACCCAGGUGAACAAGAAGCUUUAGUGUCUUCUUUGCAUUACUGUGAAGUUGUCACAGCUCUGAUGACUCUUGGAAAUGGUGGCUCUUUUGUGCUGAAGAUGUUUACUUUGUUUGAGCAUUGUUCCAUAAACUUGAUGUAUCUGCUCAACUGUUCCUUUGACCAAGUCCAUGUUUUCAAACCUGCUACUAGCAAGGCAGGAAACUCAGAAGUCUAUGUGGUAUGUCUCCACUAUAGAGGAAGGGAGGCCAUCCAUCCUCUUCUGUCAAAGAUGAUGCUGACUUUUGGGACUGAAAUGACCAGCAAAGCUCUCUUUCCCCAUAGUGUGAUCCCUGAAUCUUUUCUUCAAAGACAUGAGGAAUGUUGCAUGUUCUUUCAUAAAUACCAGCUAGCGACAAUUUCUGAGAACAUUCGUCUGUUUGAGUGCAUGGGAAAAGAGGAACAGGCAAAGCUAAACAACUUAAGGGACUGUGCUGUGCAGUAUUUCAUGCAGAAGUUUCAAUUGAAGCCGCUUUCCAGAAAUAACUGGCUAGUAAAAAGAUCUAAUAUUGGUUGUAGUACAAAUACAAAAUGGUUUGGGCAGAGGAACAGGUAUUUCAGAACCUAUAAUGAAAGGAAGAUGCUAGAAACCCUUUCAUGGGAAGAUAAAGUGGCUAAAGGAUACUUCAAUAGUUGGGCAGAAGAACAUGCUACUUAUAAUCCCGGGCAAAGUUCUGUUUUAGAAGGGAAUGGUUCUAAUCUUGACUGCCACCUGUGGCAUAUUUUAGAGGGAAAGAAGCUGCCCAAGGUCAAGUGUUCUCCUUUCUGUGAUGGAGAACAUUUAAAGACUCUUAACGAAGCAAUCGAAAAGUCAUUAGGAGGGGUUUUGAAUUUGGAUUUCAAAUUUAGGCGAAAACAGCAACAUUAUUGUUCUUGUCAUGUUUUUUCCGAAGAACUGAUAUUUUCGGAGCUGCUGAGCCUUACCAAAUGCCUUCAGGAUGAGCAGGUUGUAGGACCCGGCAACCAAAGAAAGUGCCUGCUUGUGGGUUUGCCAGCUCUCCAUGAUACCAAAAUGAAAGUCCCAAUGGAAGUUCAUUUCCUGGAAUCAGCUGAACUCUUGACUUUCAGCUGCUCGUUGCUUCAUGAUGGCGAUCCGAAAUACCAGCACUUACUUUUAGACUGCAUUCUGCGUUCGCUGCAGCGGCUUCAUCCGGGAGAUGUGUUGAUUUUACCGAUGCUUUCUUGUUUCACACGGUUUAUGGCGGGUUUGGUCUUUGUACUCCACAGUUGUUUUAGAUUCAUCACAUUUUCUUGCCCCAUACCCUCUGAGCCUUUGAAGAGUUGUACAGUCCUGCUGUGUGUGGGCUUUCAGGACCUUCCAAAUCCAGUUUUCCAGCAUCUACAGAAUGUGAAUGAGUUGUUGAACACGUUGCUUAGCUCUGAUGCAUCUCAACAGGUUUUACAGUUUGUGCCAAUGGAGGUGCUCCUUCAAAGGGCACUACUCGAUUUUUUAUGGGAUUUGAAUGCUGCCAUUGCUAAAAGACAUUUGCAUUUGAUUUUUCAAGGAGAAAGAGAUGAGAACAAUCACCUUGAGUUACAAAAUUGAGCGUAUUCUUUCUGAGAUUCAGCUCUAGCUUCUUGUAGUGUGUAAUGUUAUUUCAUCUGUUUGCUCUAUUAAUUCGAAACCCUAGCAAUUUCACUUUGAAGUGAUGCCACCUUGUAUCACUCUGGAUUACCACCAGAUAGUUCCGACCUUGGACAUAUGCACAGGCCCAGGCAUACAGUUCUUUAGAAUCUAUGCAAUGACGAUAUUCACCCUCUACAUAAGAGCGGAGGUGGGUGUCAGCUUGGGGUAGAUACACCCAUGUUGCAAAUGCUGUUUAAUUAAUCUGAUUUACCAGUUUGAAAUUUACCUGUGUGCCUUCAUUCUUAGAUCUCCCCCCAGCCCCAACUAGUUUAGUCUCAACAGAUUCUUUUGUCCAUAUGGUAUAAUGGCUGAUGCUGUUAUAACUUCAUUUAGAUCACUAUGAAAAGAGAUGAAGUUACCCAGCAAGACUGACUGCCCUAAAAAUUUAAUUUGUUAUUUGUGAAUUUCAAGUGACUCAUUUUGCCAGAUUUUUUGAUAUGUGCCAUUCAUUGCCUUGAACCAUUGACCCAGUUUAUUUUAUGGUUCAAGGCUAGUAGAGUACUGCUUCAUGAAUAUUUUAUUAACCACAGCCAUCUAACAAAAAGGUUACCAGGACAGUUUGAAACCAAAGAUCAUGUUAAAAACAAUGGAAAAUUGUUUGCUGUUUUGAAUCUACUCCUGAAUCAUGAAAAGCUUUAUGUAGCAAUGCAGUAGAAAAUUUAAACUUUUAGGUAACAAUCUGGGAACUAAAGGAUUUUUUGAAAUUGCAAAAUAGUGAUAGAUGAAUGUGAUGAGCAAAAUGACUACUCGAGGGGGGAAAAAACCUUUCAGAAUGAUGGCUCAGCAUUUAAACAUUCCAAAAAUCUUUACUAAUGAUCUCUUUUGAUGUGAAAAUAGCACUUUACCAGGAAGAUUAACCACGAGAUAGUUAUUUUAUGAGUUACAUUUGAGUUGUUUUCAGUUGUGUGUAUUUAACAAUGUACUAUGAGCUUUUUUGACAAACUGUUAAGACAGUCUUACCUACCUUGAAGCUCCACAAAAUGGAGACUAUAUUGCCAUGUGCAUUUAAGCAUUUUUGUUAGUUACAUGAAAAAUAGAUGUAUUGUCGUGUAUUUGGUUGAUAAAUAUAACCUGAAAAUUCAAUGUUCUUCGAUAUGUUAAGUUCCAUUGUAGGUUUCAUGAAUAAAAUAAAGACAUGUUUUCAUCCUU